AUGGAUGCAUGCAAAUCGCUUCUGAAUCGCAACAAAAUCGACCCGAUUUUGAAGCGGAUGGUGACUGGCGAUGAAAAGUGGAUCACUUACGACAACGUGAAGCGCGAACGGUUGUGGUCGAAAAGCGGUGAAGCUGCCCAGACGGUGGCCAAGCCUGGAUUGACGGCCAGGAAGGUUCAUCUGUGUGUUUGCGGCUUCCUACCUUCCGUGCGUAGCAUGUCAUCGGGCAGACCCGAUAAGACUAAAGCUAGACUGUCCGUGCCUUCUACUAGCACCGCUAGAGUUUCGAGUAACCUCCCUGUUCCUAGAUCCAAGGGGGAACCGGCUCUUCGUGCAUCCAGCACAUUGCCAGUUCACACAAAAAGGGAGGUCCCCGCACGGUCAGCUAGUGUUUCGCCCACUUCCGGUACCAAGCCUCUGAUCCUCGUCACGAAACCUCCGUCUGUUCCUAAGACCAAGGUUGUUUCCGACCCAAUUCCUCGGCCAGCUGUUACUCGUUCACAAAGCAAAAUGGCACAAAAUGUGGUAGAUUCGGCAUUGAAUAAGUUCAUCGCCGCGACUGACCGACUAAGUCACUUUGCGGCGCGACUUAACAAUGUUUCUACUGACAGCGCGUCCCUGUACACGUGCCAGGUCCGGAGGGACCAGAUGCGUGCCUUGUGGGACAAGGUCGAGAAGGAGUACGAGGCUUGCUCCUGUGUCAUGUCGGAUGAAAUGACGACAGACGAGUUGCCUACCAUUCAGGCAAAAUAUGAUUACUGCUAUAUUCUCUAUGAGCAGUGGUCCGCUCAGCUAAGUGAGCAAAUAGCUGAUGCCUCCCAGGCACUCACUCCUCGUACACCCGUACAACCCCCAGCCGUGCCGUUCGUGUCCACAGGGUGUCGCCUACCUCCGUGCGACACCGAAGUUUUCGGAGGCGAUUACACUCGCUGGCCCACCUUCCGAGACUUAUUCACGGCUAUUUACAUCCGAAAUCCUAGACUGUCGGAAGUUGAGAAACUUUUCCAUCUCAACUCCAAGACCAGCGGUGAAGCCCAUGCCAUUGUGUCAAAGUCUCCUUUGACCAAUGAAGGGUUUCAGUCGGCAUGGUCCAGCUUGACUGAGCGUUUUGAGAACAAACGGUUGCUCGUGAACAGUCAGCUGCGUAUCCUUUUUAAUUUGCCCGCCAUCGGGCAAGAGUCGGGUGCAGCCAUUCAAGAGUUGCAAAGCACUAUCCAAGGGUGCUUGACGGCUUUGGAGCACUCAAAGAUCAAUACGGAGAAUUGGGAUUGCAUCCUGGUUUUCCUGUGUUCUUUGAGGCUCCCCAAAUUGACCCUUUCUCUUUGGGAACAGUCCAUCCAGAAUAAGAGCGACGUUCCAACGUGGGCUGACAUGAACGAUUUCCUUCUAGAGCGGUAUCGCACCCUAGAAGCGAUAGCGGAAGUGUCAGCCAGCACGAGCGCUCCGACGGUUCCGCGAGCCUCACGCAAGGAGGCCCCCGUCGCCAAGCAGGUAAACUCCUUUGAGAGUCGGGUAACUUCAAAAACCCAGUCCUGCAAGUUGUGUUCCCGGGAGAAUCACCCGAUUCGUUUGUGCCCGCGUUUCCUCCAGAUGGGUAUCAACGAUAGGUCAGCUAACGUCCAAUCCUUCGUGGCAGUUAACACACAAGGUGUUCUGCUCAGCACAGCUGUCAUUCAUGUAUGCCAUCUCGGCGUCCGCUAUACAGCUCGGGCUCUGAUUGACUCCGGAUCAGAAGCCACCUUCCUCUCAGAGAAGUUGUUCAAGCGCUUGAGGAUGCCGUAUACAUCCGUGCAAGCCCGCGUUUCUGGGCUGACACAAGCUGUGGCAGCCCAGCCCCGAAAGUUUUGCCAAUUCUUAAUUGGCUCCCCGGUCAGACCCGAUUUGCAGAUCGAGGCGUCGGCCAUCCAGCUGGCAGACCCCAAAUUCCAUGAGAGUUCGCAGAUUGAUGUGCUACUAGGCGCUGACAUCCUCCCAUCCAUUCUGCUCGGCGGCUCUCACCCUAACAUUUGUGGGACCCUCCUCGGUCAAGAGACCAUUUUCGGUUGGAUCCUGACUGGCCCUGUGUCGGGAUCCAUUUCAAAAUCCAUUUCGUCCUUUUCGGCUCGACUGUCCGUCGAGCGCACUCCGCCAUUGGAGGAACUCCUCUCCAAAUUUUGGGAGGUGGAGGACCUGCCGGCUAGCCCAGCAAAAGAAUCUGACCUUUUUUGUGAGGCUAACUUCAACGCCACGACCGUGCGAACCUCAACGGGUCGCUACAUGGUCACGCUUCCAUUCCGCGAUCCUGGUCACGUUGACCUGGGUCACUCGAGGGCUACCGCUCUCGCUCAGUUCCUGAGAAACGAGAGCCGUUUAAAGAGGAACGACUCUCUGAAGGAACAAUAUGACUCCGUUAUUCGAGAGUAUCUGGAUUUGGGUCACAUGACUCAAGUCCCCCCAUCCAGUUCCGGCAACUAUUAUUUGCCGCAUCACGCUGUUCUCAAGCCCGACAGCACCACCACAAAGCUCCGCGUUGUAUUCAACGCCUCCAGCCCGACUUCAAACGGGAAGAGUCUGAACGACAUCCUCCACACUGGGCCAAUCCUUCAAUCCGACCUGACCAUUCAAAUCCUGAAAUGGAGGUUUUCAAACGAGAAGUUAUGCGACUUUGAACUCAACACAGUCACCUUUGGAGUGAACUGUGCUCCGUACCUGGCUAUCCGCGUUCUGCAUCAGCUUGCGAAUGAUGUUCGCGACCGGUACCCCCUUGCUAGUGACAUCAUCGCCAAUUAUAUGUACGUUGAUGACGUCCUAGCAGGAGCUCACACUAAGCAGGCUGCGGUGUCUGCUAUAGAUGAGCUUCGAACAGCGCUCGAGAGUGCUGGGUUCCCUUUGCGUAAGUGGACCUCGAACUCGAAAGAUGUGCUGAGGAGAAUCCCUAAGGAUCACUUGCUCUGUGCAGACUUCCUCGAGAUCGACGAAGCUAGUGUCGCAAAGACGCUAGGCAUUCGUUGGCGGGCCACGUCCGACGAGUUCUUUUUCGUCACCGCCGAGAUGGUGUCCAAACCAUCUUUCAGUAAGAGAGAAGUGCUGUCGCAGAUCGCCAAGUUGUUCGAUCCUGCAGGUUGGCUUGCUCCCGUGGUCAUUUGGGCCAAGAUUUUUAUGCAAGAAAUCUGGAAGCAAGAAAUCGGCUGGGACGACUCCUUACCGGCGGAUCUCACAGAGCAGUGGACCAGUUUUCUGCGGAACUAUUCGUCCUUGCAGGACAUCCGCAUUCCUAGAUGGACCAACUACGCUCCCGGCGCAAAAAUCCAAUUCCACGGGUUUUGCGACGCCUCUCAAAGCGCGUAUGGAGCCGCUCUUUACGCACGUGUGGAAACAGCUGGACAAGUGUCUGUGAGCCUUCUAGCAGCGAAGACUAGAGUUGCACCUAUCAAGACGGUCUCUCUACCUCGUCUUGAGCUGUGCGGAGCUCUCCUGUUGGCAGAAUUAUCCGCCGCCCUCCUACCACAUUUUCCCACCCCCGACGCUGAGACGUACCUGUGGACAGAUUCCACUAUCGUUCUGGCAUGGUUGGACAAGCAGCCAUGCAAGUGGACCACUUUCGUGGCGAACCGAGUGGCCAAGAUUCACUCGGUGAAUAGCACUUGGCAGCAUGUUCGUUCCGAACACAAUCCAGCCGACCUGGCAAGCCGCGGUGUCUCGCCGCAAGAGCUACUGGGCAGUCGCCUUUGGUGGCAGGGGCCUGAAUGGCUGACGCACUCACCAGCGCAGUGGCCUUCACCGGUCAUUGGGCUCGAUACUGAAUUGGAGUGUCGAGCGGUGAAGGUCCAUGCAGCGCAAGUCCUAUGUGAGGACUUCCUCGACCGUUUCUCCAGGUUCGAUCGAGCGCUCCGAGUGUUUGCGUAUGUGCGAAGGUUUGCCCAGCGUUGCCGCCAACCCAAGGUCUCGUUUCCAGAGACGCUCAGCUCUCAAGAGCUUGCAGAAGCUCAAGAGAGGCUGAUUGUACAGGCUCAGAAUCGGGUAUACGCGAAAGAGUGUGCUUCCCUCCGGUCCCAUAAUCGUCUAAUCGGGUCAAGCGAUAUCCUAAGCUUGAAUCCUUUCCUUGACAAGCAAGGUGUCCUGCGUUCCUGUGGACGCGUAAGAGCGUCCACCUCCUUAUCCUACGACGAACGGCAUCCAAUAAUUCUCCCGUUCGGCUGCGUGUUCUCACGCCUCCUGGUUUCCUUCACGCAUCAGGUCUCCCUCCAUGGAGGCAACCAAUUGGUGAUGCGGCUGGUCCGAACCAAGUUCUGGAUUCCCAAGCUAAGGAACUUGGUGAAGACAGUGAUUAGUGCAUGCAAGACCUGCGUGAUUCAUCGCCGCAAGAUCCAGUCGCAGUUGAUGGGUGAUCUCCCAACCGCCCGGUCGACUUUUUCGCGACCUUUCACUAACUCCGGAGUAGACUUCGCCGGUCCCUUCGACGUCAAGAGCUACGUCGGACGGGGCUGCAAGAUUACGAAGGGUUACGUAUGUGUCUUCGUGUGCUUCAGCACGAAGGCAAUCCAUCUUGAGGCGACCACGGAUCUGACAGCGGAAAAGUUCUUGGAAGCUUUCUCCCGAUUCGUGGCACGGCGCGGGUGCCCUCUCCACAUGUACUCUGACAACGGGAAAACGUUCGUCGGAGCCUCCUCCAUUCUCUCCAAAGAAUUUGUGGAGAGCACCCGCAACCUGAUUGUCACCACUCACAGCCAUCAAGGUCUUGCAUGGCAUUUCAACCCACCUGGUGCCCCUCACAUGGGGGGUCUCUGGGAAGCGGGCGUCAAGAGCUUCAAGACGCAUUUCUACAAGACGGUUUCCUCCGUAAAACAUACGUUCGAGGAGCUUUCCACCCUCCUAUCUAAAAUUGAAGCGUGCCUCAAUUCGCGGCCUUUGACUCCUAUGUCAGAGGAUGUGAGCGACUUGGCGGCACUUACUCCCGGUCAUUUCCUGAUCGGGGGUCCGCUACUCUCCAUGGCAGAGCCAGAGUCCAGAGAGGAUGUGGAGUCCAUCCGCAACCGCUGGCAACGGCUCAAGGCUCUCCAUCAGCAUUUCUGUGUGCGAUGGAAGAGUGAAUAUUUGAAGGAAUUGCAUAAGCGGAAUAAGUGGCAGUCACCUUCACGCGAUCUCCAAAUCGGUGACAUGGUGGUCAUCAGAGAGGAGAAUAUACCACCUCAAGAAUGGCGCCUCGGGCGUGUGUUGACCGCUUGCCCAGGUGCUGAUGAAAGAGUCCGUGUGGUAGACAUCCAGACGUGUCGUGGCGUUUUCCGCCGACCAGUUGCAAAGCUGGUCCUCCUUCCUACGGGACGCGCGCUCUGA